AGAGACGACGGAGCUGUCAAACAGCAACAAUCGGCUGAAAUAUUAUCCCGAGCGGUACAACAAACAUCGUACUUUGCUCGUUUGUGGAAACAAGUACGACAGAAGCAGACUUGGAGUUCACUUUAAGCAUUCAGCCUUCGGGAAUUUUGACUUUUAAACCGUCGUUGACGAAAAACUUCCUGUUUUGUGUUUGUUGGUGGGUCUCGCGCUAAUGUUUGUUAGCUCUUCGCUUAGCUCGAGUUUUGUUGACAUACUAGCAUACGAGCAGCUAGUCACUGAGUAGCCGCGUUACCUGUUUCUGGGGGGGGGGGGGGGUCGCUUGUCGUUUUCGAUAAGUGCUGUAAAGUUGGGAAAGGCAUGGACUUCAGCGUGAACUGUUCUUGCAAACAUCUCUAUGAAAUGAUAACGGGUCUCCAAGGGCUUGCUAUACAUCUGUCCAACAUGUGAAAACCCUCUCAUCCUGGUGGACUCCCCAGUUACAAGAAGCGAGGAACUGGACUAGUAGGAAACAUCUUGGAUCCAGCCAGGGUGUGUCACCAGGGGUGCCCUAAACUACAUUUCAAACCGAAGUCUAUGUGUGUGACAGAUCUUCUCCCAGGACACAAACUGAGUGAAGUCUGUGCUGCCGUGGAACCCUCGGCACCAUUAAAACAACCUAGUCCUCUUGUCAUGUGGGUACAUUACAGAAAAAGGCCCAUAUUACCCUCACUGGUGUCACCAUCUUUCACGUCGCCAUGGACCGGAAUAAACGCAACUCCAUCGCUGGGUUCCCUACACGACACGAACGUAUUAACGAGGACAAAGAGGGUAUCGGAGGGGUAGGUGGCUCCGAGAUGGGCAUGGGCCCGCCUUCACAGGUGGGCAGGGUGUGGCCGUCAUCCUACAGAGCCCUCAUCAGUGCCUUCUCCUGUCUCACACGCCUUGAUGACUUCACCUGUGAAUGGAUUGGCUCUGGAUUCUUCUCUGAUGUCUUCAAAGUACGUCACCGAGCUACAGACCAAGUUAUGGCUAUGAAGAUGAACAAGAUCAGCAGCAACAGAGCGAACAUGUUGAGAGAGGUCCAACUAAUGAACCGGCUUUCCCAUCCGUACAUACUCAGGUUCAAAGGCGUGUGUGUCCACGAGGGCCAGCUCCACGCUCUGACAGAGUACAUCAACGGUGGAAACCUGGAGCAGCUUCUAGACGGCAACAAACACCUGAGUUGGUCCACAAGAGUGAAGCUAGCCUGUGAGAUCGCCGGCGGCCUGGCUUACUUGCACUCCAAAGGCAUAUUCCACCGGGACCUCACCUCCAAGAACUGCCUGAUCAAAUGUGAGGACAACGGCUACACAGCAGUGGUGGGAGACUUUGGGCUCGCAGAGAAGAUCCCCACCAAUCUUGCUGAAGUAGAGAAACUGUCCGUGGUUGGUUCUCCUUUCUGGAUGGCUCCAGAGGUGCUGAGAGAUGAACCGUACAACGAGAAGGCCGACGUAUUCUCCUACGGGAUAGUCCUGUGUGAGAUCAUUGCGAGGGUGCAGGCCGACCCGGACUUCCUCCCCCGCACAGAGAACUUCGGCCUGGACUAUCACACGUUCCAGCACAUGGUGGGAGACUGUCCGCCUGACUUCCUCCAGCUGGCCUUCAACUGUUGCAAUAUGGACCCUAAACUCCGUCCAUCCUUCCCGGACAACGUCAGACACCUCGAGGAGAUUCUUGCACGCCUUAAAGUUGAAGAGAUGGAGCACGAGUGCGUCUCGCUCACUGGGGAAAACGACAAGAAGACCGUACCCAAAGGUGAGAAGAUCCAGGGCUUCAAGCGGCUCAACCCUCUCGGUUUCCAGGACGAUAAAAUCCCUCAGAAAUCACCGCGGCCCCGACGAAACAUCUGGCUCAGCCGCAGCCAGUCAGACAUUUUCUCAUGCAAACCAGGAAGAAAAGUGAACGUCCAGGACCCGUACUAUGACCCCCCCGUCGCUGAGCGGGCCUCUAAAGCUCGCAAGAUCAACCCGUUCACCGCCCGAGAGGACCUGUGUGGGGGCAAGAUCAAGUUUUACGAUGUACCCAGCAAGUCUGUCUUCUCGCUGGUGUUUGACCUCCACUCGCCUCCGGGGAGUGUGUUCGGUAAACAGGAGACGUCUUACUACUGGCAGCAGCUGCCAGGAAGACAGUGUCACUCCUUACCAGUGUCCCCCGAGCUGCCCCGCUCCAAGGUCUUCCACCUCGCCGCGGCUGUCAGCUCCAAUAACAACGGUUCUGUAACCUGUAACUCCAGCCAGCUCUCCACGAUGCUGCCAGCGACUAACUCCAGGUCGGACACAGGCCUGAUGGGAAAUGACGUCCGGGUAAAAGCGGCGCUGAGUGGCUGGGCAAAGAAAUACGUCGUGGUUGAGAUCCCACCUUACUGCAGGCAGAGAGGAGGGGAGGAGGACGGAGAGGUAGACGGGAGGAAGGUGGGGAAGGAGGAGGAUGAGUUUGGGGAGAGCUGGUCUCCGAUGGUCCCCAGCACUGAGAGAAACAGUGGAGAGGCGAUGGACUGCUCCAGCAGCCUGGAUGAAGAGGAGAAACGAGAGAGCCUGCCCCAUGUAACACACAUGUAAAUACACACACACACACACACAUGGAGGAGGUGGUGGAUACCUCCUGGAUAGAGGACACACACACACACACAGACCACACACAUUUCAAGAUUUUUGAACAAUAAUACGUAAAGAGAUGAUCGUUCAAGUGAAUGUAUCACAUGUCGAUGAAUAAAUCAAGCACACCUGAUACAAGAAACUCUUUCAAAGAUCACGCGGGUGUGACGGGACAAGUCUCCAUUUAGCACAAAUAAAAAGCUUUCAUCAGCUCAACGGACGCUCGGCAGAGAGAUUAUUUUUUUGAAACGGUUGUUUAUAUUUAAUGUUGUGAGAUGAUGUAGAUUUCGUUUCUUAUAUUAAGUGUCUCGUGUUCGAGGAGGGAGAGUGAAGAUCCCUCGUGUUGUGUAUGUGUCAGUGUUUAAAAAUCAAAGCUUGUGUUUUGAUACUUUCCCCUUUGUGUUCUCUGAAAUGUUUAUACUAAAUAAAUAUAAAUCCCAUAUUUUUCAGUGCGCUGAUAUUACGAUGAGAAGGUUUAAGGGGAUUUAUUGUAAUUGAGACGCAGAACUAGACUGCAGUGGUAACAAUAUAGUGUCCUCCAAAUGAUUCACAGUGGAUUUAAAGAGACACGGUGACGACAAAGUGGUCAAACUAACAUCAUUCAACAGUCGCAGGCAGUGUUGUAGAGACUUCAAAUCCAGAACACAAGCUGGAGGCAAACACGGACGUUAUAAAAGCGUUACUACAAAAGUUACUGCUCGAAAGCCUCAUUUCUGAGUUUGCAUGAACGCACCUCAAGUUUUCAAAACGGCGAUGAAUUUGCAAGCAAAACUAUGUAACUUUAGAAAGACGAAACAACUUCCUCUUACAAAUGAAAAGUUUAAUUCAUAAACAAUAACAGGCGCCGGUUCUCACUCCAACAUUUGUGGAGCGUUCAGGAGGCGCGAUCAUCAACAACGAGUCGUUCCUUGAAUUUGUCUGCCGUCGGUCCGAACAGACACAAGUUCCCAAAUCUCGUCGUCUCUCCAGUUUUGAGAUUUUUGUUGUCGUUUUUCGUGUAAAUGACUUAUUUAUCCGUUUUCACACCAGCUGUGAUAAAAACGUCAUGAACGCGCCCGCUCGUGGAUCGAUCACACACGUGCUCAAUUCGACAUCACACGGACUUCGUACUAGUAGUGCUGGCAGUGUCCGGUGUAAUGUCCGGCCCGAAUGACUCGGACAUCCUCACGCACAUCUCCUCCGGGUAAUGUCCAGAUCAUUUCCAUGUGCAAGGGGCUUCUCUGAGUCUCCAAGCGCAAAGAAUGCACUUUGUCCCUCAACAAUGUUGUGAUUUAAAGCAACGCACUUCACACGAUCCUCAGAAAUGAAGUGAAAUGCGAUGUGCCAUCACGCUGUUAUUACCACAGGCUGCGGCCUCUGUUCUGCAACAGUCGCAUAGUCUCUCUUUAAACUUGGUACUCCUUAAAGAUGGGAAAUCAAUCUUGUGCGAAACUUAUAAUAAAAAGGUAAACGCUGCAAACGUGUCCUGAAAUAGUGUUAGGAAACAAUCGGCGCUUUUAAUGCUGAUCCUGGUGCUGCGGGGAGGAGAGCGUGUCCGUGUGUGCAGCCUGCUCCCCUCGUGCGUAAGAGGAGGGCAACACUUCCAAGUGAUUUUUAAUCUCCAGCGUCUUACAGAAGAAUUAGAAGCCAGUGAACUUCACUUACCUAGAAACUCAAGAGAGACUUCGGUUAAUGGAAAAGUUUUUGCUUAAAAGGAGGCGGCUCGUGUUGGAUGAAUACUAUUUAGAUUUGUUAACUUUUCCACUCUGCUGUGAGGAAGUUGUGAGCGGAGUAGGCGCCUGAGAAGAUGGUCCAACCUAAGUUCAAGGAUUUGACUUCAAGUGAAAUGUGUUUUCUUUUUAAUCGGAGCACAUUCCCAAGUUAAAUCCCUCACACACACACGCGCCUCUAUGUGAUUGCUGCUAACAUUUGGUUCAAUCGUAUUAAAUUGGUGGUCUCGUGACAUUUAUUAACGCACUCCAGGGAAGAUCUGAAACAGACCUUCGUGGGUAAAAAGCAUUUUUCUCUUUCUUUUAUCGCCGAGUGUCAUCCGGAUGUUUAACAUCAAAGCAGUUUUCAGUGUUCAUUAAAAUGUUUAUCCCGUGUGCAAACUAAAUGACCGGUUAUGACUUGAGAUGUAUUGUUGUCUCCACUUCCUGCUCUUGUUACAUUCUGCUGAUCUGUCGCUUCAUUAGGAACUGAAAUGCACGUGUACAGUGAUCUCCUCUGAACUACUUAUCACUACUUUUCUAUGCAAACAAUGAAACUUUCAUGACACUGUUUUACAGUAUAAAGGAUCUAAUUUGAUAUUUAUGAGUCUUACCUUUUGUAUAUUUGUGUAAAGAGUUUGUGUUACCUGCCUCGAUGAAUACAGAUUAAGAUGUUUUUGCUGAUUGAA